ACCAUUAUUUGGGAUUAUUCAACCGCCAGCUGGCUUAUUGUAGAUGUAGUUGUAUGUCAAAUGGAUGUUGGGACUUGUCGUGUCAAAGAAUCUAGUAUUUACUUUAGUUCGUGUUCGGGUAUAGCUAAGCCCUUUAAUUGAUAUUACUGUUUUAGGAGUGGUUUUAGCCAAUUUUAAUGGAAGUUUUUGCCAAAUUUACCAUUUCGGAUGUAUCUUUAACUUGUUUGGUGUUGAUACGUUGCUUGAAUCAACGUGUUCCAGUUUGUUCAUUUACACGUCCAGAGAAAAGUUCACGGAACUAAGUCUUACCAGGAUCAGAGGAGUAGAGGAAGCCAUGAUUGUUUCAUCUAUUUUGUGAAGACAUUGAAAACGUUUUUGUAAGAGUUCAAUUCGAGGCACAAUUCUUCAAUUAUAUUAAUUAUGGUCAACGUUGUGCAUUUUUGAUUUUUCAAGUAUUGCCCCGGGGGCGGAGUACAAAAAUGAGGUUUUAACAUAAGAAAUUGCCCCGCAUAGCGGAGAAUUUGCUUCAUUUAGUUGGGACGCCUGGUCUAAUGCCCCGCUAUUCCCCGGGUAUGGGGGUGCGGGGCUUUCCACUGACUAGUGCAUUAUUAUUAGUAAUACCAUUAGUUUUUCAGCAGUCUCUAGUCAUUGUUGUCAAUUUUAGUUUCUUUAGUUCUCUUGUUACUUUUAGCUAUGUUUUUUUUUUUUUCAAGUGUAUUUAUUUCCUGUAAACAUGCAUGACCCGCCUAGUUUAGCUUAGCUACCCGCGGGCAUGUUAUUGUACUUUUGCCUCGAACCACAAUAAAACAAAAUGUAUGUAUGUAAUGUAUGUAUGUAAGAAAUGGCAUACUCCUCAAGGAAACGGUUUUGUCAGUUUUGACUAUAUAAUUUUUCAAACUCUAGGUGCUAUUGUAUGUUUUCUUUCCUAGCUACUUAUAUUAUCAUCGUUAUUGAAACCUUGCUUGCCAUUUUUAAAGGUGGACAUCCGCUAUAAUCUUCCUACAACCCGUGAUGAAAUCUGCAAGUUUGAUGUGACAUUCACAGUUAAAGAAACCAAAGAGCAAAAACCUGGGCUAUUGUUUGGUCCUGUUCAAGUAAAAAAACGGAGCACCAAAGGAAGAGGAAAUCCGUGUAAAGGGAAAAAGAAGAAUAAGAAAAAAUGUAAAAAAGGAAAAAAGAGGCAACCACCGAAACCUCCUCCUGUGAAGAGUAUUCAGUUGAAAGUUUGCGCUCGGUGAGUUAAGCUGUUAAAUAAACCUCUGGGAGAGCUGUCUUUCAGCGCAAUAACUGGACUGUUAAAGUUCCAUAUCCACUCCAUAGCUUAAUGAAUAUAGUCUAGUACGGAUCCUUUAGGUUUAAAACUGGCUCAUUACUGUCAAUCAGAAAAGAUAGGGUUCUAAAUUUUUUGUUUACCUCGUAGGUAUAAGAAAAGAAGAAAUACAAGUAUGUGUGUAAUGGAUAUUGGCAUUUUAACAGGGUUUAAACCAGACCAAAGGUCUCUGCGAAAGGUAAUUGGCUAUUGCAAUAGACCAAUUUCGAUAUAUUAAAAGUAAACUCGUACUUGGCUCCGACGCUUUGGGAAAUAAAACAAAAGAAUUUAUUAAUCAUUGCUGCGCCUUCAGAUAAUUUCUUUUGUUUUAUUCCCCCAAGCCUCGCAGCCAAGUAGGAACUUUAAUACAUCGAAAUUGGUCUAUUACCUAUAUUACUAUUACCUAUAGUUAAAGAGGGUAACACCAAUUAAUGUAAAUGUAUUCUCACUGGUGGCCCUGUAACUGCACUGCGCAGCUACUAAGACUAUGGCAACGGCGUCUACGUCCCCUACUUGUUUUGAACAAUGUCAGGGGUUCCUUAACAUCACCUUCUAUAACUGAUGUGUGAAGAUGAUAGAGACAUUGCCAACAGCGUAAUCUCACUGCCUAAUGACGCACCUUCUAAAACAAGCUUUGAAUCACAAUUAGGCUGGUUUGGCAACAGAACGGGAACAUCAGUUGACGACGGCGAGCGCAAAUCAAACACAUUGUAAUUUUCAGGGAGUUAUAAUAACUCCUCUAGUGGGGCUAAUUUAACUCCUUACAGUGGAGUUAUUUUUCGUGGAGUUAUUUUAACUCCAAAAAGGAGUUUAAAGAACUCUUUUUCAGGAGUAAAAGUGACCCCAGAUAUUGAGGAGUUAAAAUAACCCCCAAAAAGGAGUUAUCCUGUACCUAAAAUUUUUACUCCACUUUCAGAGUUAAAUUAACUCCAAAAAGAGUAAAAACAACCCCUGUAAGGAGUACAAGUAAACCCAUUUCGGAGUAAUUUUAACUCCAAGACUGGGAGUAAAAAGAACUCUUUUUCAGGAGUAAAAAUGACCCCAAAUUCGGAGUUAAAUUAGGAGUUAAAAUAACCCCAAAAAAGGGGUUAUCCUGUACCUAAAAUUUUUACUCCAUUUUUGGAGUUAUAAUAACUCCCUAAAAAUUACGGUGCAACCGGCUUUACCAAUGGCAUAGCAGCAAAUUGGGCACCUGAAGUCGAGUUUAGUCCUUACCGCGCGCUUUCCCGUCGUCAAAUGACGUUCCUCGUUCUGUUGCUAAAUCGGCCCAAUGUCUCCCGCUCAGAAGACGACCGCUCUUCCAACUGAGUCAGCGGGCGGUAAUAUAUUCAAAGCUAAGCCGUGUUUCCAAUACGGGGAGGCUCCGUCCGAAAGUGCUACCUUUUUCAGGCUUCAGGUAUAUGAAAUGGUAGGGAUUUCAUUAAUUGGAGUUUAUGAAAGGGUUAAGAAAAUCAUAUCUGUCAUUUCGGUUUGUAAAAGGAUCAAAAAGCAGAUGCAUUUUAUGGAUGUGAAAGAGAUAUGAAAACUUCUUGGUUUAGUGAUAAAUUUAUUUUAAAAACGCGAUGCAAUUACAGCAGUUAAAAGGGAUGCAAUGCUCAGACUAAACAAGGUAAGUGAAAGGGGUACCAUUUGUCAGUAGAAGGUUUACGAAAGGGGUAUUUUUUUUGGUGAAAAAUGGUAUAUAAAGCUAAAGGGGUAAGAGGUUGGACUUCGGGAGGAAACCUCCCCAUCUAAACCUUCGUUGAGUAACCGCCGAGAGUGUGGUCAGUACGUCCGUCAAACAUAGUAACAAGGAUGCAUUUUUCAGCGUCAUAAUAACGCCAUUUUGCCGAUCUGCGCUGUUUAAUUUGUCCAGUUCUACUUCUUACCGGAUUAAACUAUAUACUUUCGAUUUUAUUUGGCAGUUGCAAGAUAAUUUGCCUGAAUUGGACAGGUACGAACUGUCAGACAGAUCACUGCUUAUAUACCUAGACCAGGUAAGUCGAGUCACAUAAGAAUGAACGACACUUACUGAUAUUUAAAGAUGCAGUUUUCAUGUUAUUCUACCCAUCGUUUUAACAGUAACCGAAAUUAUUAUAUGGCUGAUUCCGCAAGACGAAGCGAGUCCUGUGCUCUGAUUGGUCACCCGAGCGGGCAAGUUGUACCCGCCUGAGAGUUUCAGCGUUGGUCCUUCCAGGAAAAAUUCCUAUAGAAUCAUGUAGUUUCUUUUAGAUGGCUGAAUGUUGGAAUAUUGGAAUAUUGAUAUCUCUCUCUCCUUUUUUUGUGUUUUCAGUAUCUUGACUGAAAUGAAAAAAAUCUUUCCCAGAAAUUAUUCUUAUUUGCCUUUCACAGAUUCACUUACGCUUCGCAUUUGGUCAUUAUUUUAUGUUCGCUAAUUCUGUCAAUGCCCAGGACGAAAAAAAACCUAAAGUCUAGUUAUUAUGCGUACGUGUAGCUCGCACUGAUUUAUUUUCAUGCUGUAACGCCUUUUUGUUCAUGAAUGUAAAGGAGUUCUCAACUGUUGGUCAUUUGCUCAACUCUUGCGUAAUGGGGCUCUCAUACCCCGCCUUCCCACCUAUUUUUCUUCUUAUAUCCCUCUACCCCACCCUUUUUUAUGUACGAAUCCCGAUUCCGCCCUAAUUUUGUCACGACUUUCUUGCUUGAACUACUGAAAAAGACGUUAUAUAAGACUAAUCUUCACGCAAUAGGCAGCUUUAAGUUUAAGGUUCUUAAGUGGAUAUAUAUAAACUAGAAAUAUGGCUGUUCACCUGUAGCUAACUACAACACUAUAACUAACCUCCGUGAAAUUAUCGUAAUCAAUAAAAUGAUGACAAAACGAAAACUUCAAAGCUGGGUAAAAUACAAUAAUUAAAGUCACUAAAAAAGCAGCCUUGCCCUCACCUUAGAUUUAAGGUUCUUUGUCAACUGACCCUGUGGAGUUGCUGAAUGUGAUAGGGUGUGGUAACGAAUUAAAAACGCUGGCAGGGCUGUCUUGGAUUAGGUCCCUGAUUCUAAUGCAGCCUGCAACAUAACGGUCUAGAUGAUAUUAGCAUCCUUUUGGCGUUACGAUUGUUCAACCUAAGAUAAGGAGGACCAAUCCUCAAGGUACAGUGCCUUGAGAACAUCAUUUGGCAAAUACUUCUUGCGUUUUGGCGCCAUCCUAGCUUAUUAAGCAAAUCUUGCUUGGUUGUUGUUGUUCUUUUUCUUUUUUGUUUCAAAAUAGCUGCUGUACUCGUUGAAGUCUCUUAAGACAUAAUAUGCUCGACUUUCUUUAAAAUGAAUGUGACUUCCAACUUCUGAGAUUAAAUACUUCUGGACACUGACGAAAACGACGAAAAUAGAAAUUAUAACGAACAAAGGUGAUCAUGGGUAAAUUUGACAAGCUUCACUUUCUUUGACACUCAUAGCUGUCAUUCCUUAACCGCAAAGGCGGACUGCACACAAAAGAGCCACUUUUCUCAGUCAACGCGGUGUGGUCAGGACAAAACUAAAUUCCCGUAUCCCGCUACUGUUCCUUUACUUUUCCUGCAUCCCAAGCUCACAAAAAUAGGAAACCCCGCUCCCGCUCGCUGUCAAAAUUCCCGCUUCCCGCUCCUGUUUUACGCUCGCAUCCCGCGUAUUACCACAAAAAAACAGCCAAAUCCUGCAUCCCGCCAAAUCUAUUGUAGACCCUCAUACUUGGACCCUCAAUUAUACUUACUUGCCUUUCACAGAUUCAUUUACGCUUCACAUUUGGUCCGAUUAUUUAAUGUUCGCUGAAUCUGUCAAUGCCCAGUACAAAAAAGAACCUAAAGUCUAGUUAUUAUGCGUAUGGGUAGCUCGCUUGGAUUUAAUUGUACGCCUGAUUAUUCAUUGUUAUAAGAUUAGAACCCUUGACUAAAUGGGCGUCGAUAAAACCCAGAACACGGAACAUUCAUGAAAUUUUUUCAUGGAAAAAUAAAUAAAUACAAUAAUAAUGAAAUAAAAAUUAAUAAUAACAAAAUAAAUGACAUGACAUAAAAACGAAAAAUAAAUAAAAAUAAACUGGUAUCAUCUCCAGCUCCGACUUCCUCGGCCUGUUUCACGGCUCCAGACAUGACACUGACACGACGGAACCAAAUGCUCCGCGAUUAAUUUAUUUUGCAAGGUAGAACAAAAGAAACAAACAAACAAAAUAGUAUAGAAACUACUAGGAAUGUGAACACUGUCCUCUUAAAUCCAAAGACAGCCCCCGCCCCCACCCCGUAGGUCUUUUAACGUUCGCAGAGCAUAGUCUGUAAGAACUUAAUGUCAACCUCAAGAAAGCAAAGCCCCUCAAGUAAGCAAAUGUCGGUUAUAUAUAGGGAGACUAUAUAAUGUUGGCUUGACAUGAAGCACUUACCGACUUUACGGCUUGACAUGGAAUACUUACCAACAUUUCAGACCAUCGGCUUGAAAAGCCCCCUCCUCGCAUUGCCUCGUGACCCAUAUUAAUAUAUAGAUUUAGCCAGGGCUAAAAGCGAAGCUUUCGAUAAUAUUUAUAGUUUGUUAAAACAAAAUAUAAAAUCAUGUAAUGCUAAGCAGCGAAGGAAACGCCGGAGAACGGUAAACAACAACAAUAGGUUUAAUUAGCAAAAAAGCAACUUUGCACGUGCAGCACACUUUUUUUGUACAUUUCUUUGCCGUUGUUUUGCACGACUACAACUUGAAACUUCCAGAAACUUCUUAGUUACACGUUUUUUUCGUUCACUUUUUUUUCACUGCCGCUCAUUUUCACCUCGCAUUGGUGGCCGCUUGCAUUUCUCAUUUUGUCACCGCCGUUACAAAAUUUUCAUGUUGUUCUUCCAACACAAAAAUGUCUCCUUUGUUUUUUAUCUCUCGCUCUAAAUCUCUGUCGCCCUUUUUCUCGUUUAGCUUCGCUGGUCUGCCGCCUACUUUCUCUUUUUCUCUGUGUUUCUUCUUGCUCUAUAUUCCAAAUUUGUGGACGUGACAAUUAAUCUAAGCUUAAUACUUUAGAAAACACGGAUACCGAAACAAUUUCCGCUUUCCAUUUUCCUCUUCUUUGACACUUUAGUUGUUUCUGCUUUACAAGACGCGGGUGGCUAUGCGAUUUCCCGUCAAAAUAACCUCGAGUUGCAUUUGGGUUGCCAUACCUGUUGAUUGAGUUAUUGUACAUUGGUAUGCCUGUGGUAGGCACGGACGGUCUCUCGGGCGGUGUACGGUACACGGAUACAGAGACAAUUUCCGCUUUCCAUUUUCCUCUUCUUUGACUCUUUAGUUGUUUCUGCUUUACAAGACGCGGGUGGCUAUGCGAUUUCCCGUCAAAAUAACCUCGAGUUACAUUUGGGUUGCCAUACCUGUUGAUUGAGUUAUUUUACAUUGGUAUGCCUGUGGAAGGCACGGACGGUCUCUCGAGCGGUGCACGGUCACGUGAUUACCAAAUUUUGUCGGAUGGGUAGUUUACCAUAUUUUUUUACCUAUGGUGCUCGGCUGCGCGCGCUUCGCGCGCGAGAGCUCCGCUAAUAUAUUUUGAAUUUAGAGAUAAGCCUUCACUUACUGUGACAGUCAUUUGAAUGGACCCUCACUCGCCUAACAAAUAUUAAUUGCGACAAAAUAUUGUUUGUCAUACUCAGAGAUGAUACCAGUUGUUUUUCUUUCUUUUUCUUUUUUAUGUAAUGUUAUGUUAUGCUAUAUAUUUUGUUACAAUAAAUUUUUACAAAAAAUUGUUAUAAUUAUUAUUAUUUUUUCAUAAAAAUUAGUUCAAUUUUUUUGUUCCGGAAUGUUCCGUGUUCCUGGUUUUAUCGACGGCUGCCCUAAAUUUCACUUACAUACACGGCCUUGGUUAUUUUUGUUAUCUCAGAUUCCAAAUGACCGAGACCUGUGCGUGGAUGUGCAGUUUGAUCGGGACUAUUACGUGGGUGUUGUGCAGGCGGUUCCUAUUAAGGUCUACGACUACUAUGAACCAGGUGAAAUCAAACAUUUUAGUUGCGCAAGUUUUCGUCCCCAGGGGUGGAAAAUGCCAAUUUGCAAUAAAAGUCUUAAAUUUCGAUGGCAAAAUACCAAUUGAUAUGUUGUUGUUGUUGUUAUUGUUUGUUUGCCAUUGCAGACGAGUCGUGUACCAAGUUUUACGUGCCAGAUAAGUACAGCCCUAUGUCUUUAGGUGUUUGCGACGGCGGAUCUUGUAAAUGUGCUAGCGGUAAGUUAGAACAACUACUGACGUUGCUUUCAUAUUUUGAUCCUGCCAUUGUUAAAAUAUUUCACAGACCUCUUUAGCUUGUAUAGUGGAACCUCGAUAUUACGAACCUCUGUGUAACGAAGUGCUCUGUAUAACGAAGGAUUUCCUUCAUCCCAAUUAUAUUUAAAUACAUGGAAAUGUACCUCAAUAUAACGAAACCUGAUUAUACAUAUUUGCCAAUGCCUUGGCCCCUAGUUAUAUCGGUGUUCCCCUGUAUGAUUUGUUUUUCCAAUGAUGGUCCCAUAGGAAAUUUCCCCUUAAUCUUUUGAUGAAUAACGCGUACAUAUGCACGUAAAUAUAACGAAAUUUGAAAGAAAUAGAGCGUUUUCACUCACGUAGCCACCAUCCAUGCUAAUUCAUUGUUGCCGCGAAAAGGAAAUGCAACCUCAUCAAGAGAAUAAGGCUUGGAUCUUUAACGUCAAGUUUUAAAUUUCGUUUCUCAGAUCCAUGUGCUCAGGAAGAUCCUCCCAUUGGCAACAUCUCCAAGUUCACCAACAUGGCUUGCCUUAAUUACAAUUACGGUAAGAUGGCAUGAACUUUCUAUGCGAUUUAAUAGUGACUGGGGCACAAUUUUUUAAAAUUCUUAAUUUUUAAAUUUUUUUAAAAAUUUUUAUAAAUGAACACUAGUGAGCAGCACAAAGCAACGCGAAGAUCUUUUUUACUUGAUUUUAUUUCUCCGACCGGUUUCGUCUGAUCACACAGACUUCAUCAGAGAGUAUAACAACAUGGAGCUAAGGAACUAACUUUAUACCUAAUGAUUAAGACAAAAUUACGUUCCUGUUAAAGUGGGAACAGCAAAAAACACCCACAAAAUAUACGUGCAGGAUAUGACUAUAAUCCUGCGUUACAAAAUUUGCAAUGUUUAAUUUUGGGGCUCACGGAUUUGACAUUUUUUUUUCAAACACUGACUAGAAUCUUCUUCGAUAAGAUUACGAGUUAGUUUCUUCAUCGCCUUCGUUCACAAGUAAACACAGUUUUAAAUGUUGAAGGACAAAGUCAAGGUUGAUAGACGCCUUAUAACUUCCGUUUCAACCUUAAUUUUCCGAGGUAAAGAGAAUUAGAGCUCCGAAAUGAGCAUUUUCUUUGAAAUUAUGGUCCGUAUAGCAAGUUACCGACCGCAAAUUGACCAAUCGCAUGAUGAAAACAGACUCAGCCAUAUAAUAAUGAUUAAUAUAAUAAUGAUGAUGAUGAUGAUGAUAACGAUGAUGAUGAUAGUGAUAAUGAUGAUAGUGAUGAUGAUGAUGACGAUGAUGAUGAUGUUCCUGAAAAAGAUCACCCUCUUGGGAAUGGGGCGCAAACUAAGAAAAUUUCUGUCUAUCCCGAAUUAAAAAUACCCCUCUGGCACCUCAGGACCAAGAAAUGGGUCCGAUUUUAAGAAAGUGCAAGAAGCAGUUUGUAGCACGUUAGGACCAGAAACAACAAUAACAACAACAAAAACAACAACAACAACAGCAAUAAUAAUAAUAAUAAUUAUAAUAACUAUCAUUAAUUAGUUAUUAUCAUUAUUUUGUCAGCAAUUAAAGGGCGAGUUCUGCUGAUUGACCAAUACAAAAACAUGGUAGAGUAUCUGGUACGAGUUCUGAAAAUCAUCAAGCAACGCAACAGGAAAUUAAAAGUUGGAAAAGUACUCACGCUUUGGAAGCGCAAAGACUGCAACAGUCCAGACCUAAAGAAGAGGAACGAAUAUUUGUUUAUGGGCCGUGAGAAGGGAGGGAGAUACGAGCUGGAAAAGAACUCGUUCGCGAAAUUGUGGCCGAAAAGCCGAGCCAACAAGGAUAAAAAAAGCUUGGACAAGUUCGCUAAACAAUUUACGUGCUAA